AUUCUGCUUUUGCAUAACAAAUGACCAUCAACAUUGAGGAACGUGAGACUUUGUCCACUCUCAUUCUCACCAUCACAAAGAGUGGUGACCUCUAUCUCGAUCCUACUCAAGUGAAGCAAGUGAAGAAGAUUUGCAAAAAAUCAGAUACAAAUGUCAGGAUUGCCUAUGAGUUAUUGAUGAUCCAGCUUCAACGCAAGCAUGCUCAGAUCCGCUUUUCAAGUACACAACUCAUUGCGGAGCUAUUUCAACGAUCUCAUGUCUUUCGUGAGUUAUUGGUCGCAGAUUAUUCUAUCUUUCUGCAGUUGACAGUUGGUAUCCAUCAGAAUCCACUUCCUCCUCCAGUUUUGUUCGCCAACAAGACCAAGCAAUUGGCUAUCUCGCUCACAAACGAAUGGAAUGCAAAAUAUGGAUCCGUUUAUAAACAGAUUGCAUUGGGAUAUGACUUCUUAAAAUAUCACCUCAAGGUCGAUUUUACAAACCUCGUUCCCGUGACAGAUGAGGCUCGAAGUGCAGAGCAAAGAGCACAAGAAGAGAUGACUCGACGGCUUCGUCAAAAGAAAUAUGAAAAGGCUGCUGCGGAAAUGGAAGAAAAAGCGGAGGAUAUUCAGGACAAUAUAAGAAAGAUGAACUCUUGUUUUGAAAUCCUAGUACCAAAACUAGACGACGAGGCUGCUCUAAAUGCAAUUUUCAACGUCCCUACGACCGAAAAGGAUAUUUCAACAACAGUAAACACGGCAGAGACAGAAACGACACAUAAUGACGAUGACGAUGAUAAUAGAAAUGAAGAUCAGGCAAUAGAGAGCGAUAAUGAUGAAGAGAUACUUCGGCAUGACCCUCUCGGUGUACAUGAAAAUGCAUUAGGAUCCAAUCGAUACAAAUUGACCAUUACCCUGAACAAGGACAACCCUGUAGAUGUUGUGGAAUCUGAAGACAAUCGAGAAGUCUUUAGUACACUACGAGAAUGCUAUCGUUUAGUUGUCAAGAAGCAUUGGCCCUUGGUCAUGGACUGGCUAGACAUCUUGAUGAAAGCCGAUCGGGAAGCAUGCGAGCCAAAAACCGAAUAUGACCGACUGCUCAGGCUGGCUAUUGAUCUUAAAAAAAGUGUAGCAGAUGCGAAGAGCAAGAGUGAGGAUUUAGGUGUCAAUAUGGACACUAUGUAUGGACCGAAUGAUCAUGACUCUGAUGAAGAUAAUGAAGAGUUUGAAGAGGUAGAUAUCUUGGCCUCUCGUAAUGAUAAGAAGAAAGGAAAGCAACCAAAGAGGAAUACUCAACCAAGCCAGCCCAAGAAACCAAGAAAUGCAGUCUUUGCGAUGCAGGGUGAGGAUAUUUUAAAAGACGAUCCAACUUAUGCUGGAGGCACCCGGGUGGUGUCUCGAAGGCAGGAACAAGAGUCUAUUGAGGACUCCUCAAGGGCUACCAGCGAGGUAUCAACUCCACCAAUAGACGAUGCUGAUGCAACAAGACAAGAGCUAUUGGCGAGAGCACCAGUUGUGCCGUGGGAUGAUGAUUUGGCAGUAUGGGACAAAAAGGAAAUGGCAUUCAACACUUCAGGACUUGAGCGCUCGCAUCGAUUCCUCGGAGUGGGCGAUGGGAGUAACAUGGUAUCGGAUGCUACUUUGGAGCGUAUGAAGAUGCGUACACGUAUUUAUAGUCCCCAACUGCCCAAAGUCAUCAAGGCAUGUCGCUAUCCCAUGAGCAAUGGACGGCUUUGCAUGAGACGAGACCUGGUGCGAUGUCCAUAUCAUGGUCCUAUCGUCCCUCGAGAUGAGUAUGGUCAAAUUCAACGAUUAACUGAGGAUGGUAGAUACGUACCGGUGGAAGAAGAGGACAAGGGACUGGACGAUGCUCAAGAAGCCGCACUGAUCGAUAGAGCUAUUGCAGCAGCAUCCGGCUCAUCGUCCUCGCUAAGGUCAUCUGCUACUCGAUCGACUUCAAAGGCGAUAAUAAAAGACCAAUCGAGUUGGGAAGAUAUUGAAGACGAUGUCCAUCUCGCCUUGGGUCUUGAGAAGAUUGAACCAAAACGCAAACGAGGUCAGGGUGGCUCGAAUGAGAAUAAGAAGAAGAAUAAAAAGCCUGCAUCGGCCCUAGUCAAUAUCACAAAACCCCCAGAGUCUUCGAGGGCUCGGCUUUUGAGACAUGUAGGAAGCAAAUCAAGCAGAGACUCUGUAGAACAGGAUCGACAAAUGGAGAAGACAAGCCAAUCAAAAGACACACGCCUCAAUCGCUGGAGAUAGAGAUAGAUUUCCCACAAAGCCGCU